GUGUCUCAAUUACUAGACGUUUGUGACACCUCAGCACCUGAUUGACCAAGACGUGCUGAAAUAUUGUUCAUUCUUCCCUUUUCUAGAUCAAGAUUCUUUGGGGAGAUGUCUUGAGGAAUUGUUUCAUCAAUUUGAUGGAUUUUCAUCAAACUUGACAUAAAAAAAUAAACUUUAUCCGUGUGAAAGGCAUGUAUUAGAAGCUGUUUGCAUGAACAUGAAUGAAGGACUGUUCAGUAGAUACAACUCCUACAGUGAUAUAUACAAGUAUUUUCCAGGAUUAAAGACAGAACCCAUUGAAGAAACGGUCAGUUCACAUCCUGAAAAUUCUGUUGAAGAUUUAGAGGCAAUUAGUGGAAAUUUAAUUUGCCAAGGUGUUCUCAGAAAGUUCCGUUAUCUUCAGAGAAAGAUGGAAAUGGAAAGUGCACAACAGGCUGAGUCAAAGGCAAAGAGCAAAACAGAAAGAGCUGGUAAAAGUGCUUCAGAAACUGUAGACAAUGUUGAGAAAAAUUCAACAAAGACUUCUGAAAAGAAAUUAAGUGUUGCUAAUUCAGGUGAAACAAAUGAAGGUAUUAAAUGUAAGAAACCUGCUCAUAUGAAAACAAAUGCAAGAAAAACAGACAGACAAACUAAGGAAUCAAUAAGAAAAGCCAAGGUUGAACUAGAGCAGACUAAACUGUAUAAUAAGCUAUUAAAAGCUGCGGAAUCAGGUGAAAGUUCCUUUUGUGACAGUGAUUGUGAAACUGAAAACAAGUUGUUUGACAAAGUAGGAGGUCCUCAUGGUACUAAGACAUAUGGUGAUAAAGAGGUUAGAAAUGUCCCAAACAAUGUAAAUUUAGAGACAAGUCAAGUUAGCAAACAGAGUUGUUUUGUUAAAAAUGGUCAAAAAGGUGCAAAGACCUCUAUAGAUGUAAAUAGAAAUCCAAAUGGCAGAAGGAAGUUGGAUUGGCCAGAACAGCUUCUUUUUCUUGAAAUGACACAUAGUGAUUUUGAUGAACAGACACAUAUCAGUGAAAGUGAUAGAAAUGAUUGUAGUGAAAGAAUUACAGAAAUAGAACCAGAAGGUUUGAGAGUAGCAGGUAUUCAUGAGACAGCAGUAGAAGCGAAAGAUGCUGAACAAGCUGAAGAUGAUCAUAAAACAGAAAAAAAUAAAGUUAUGGAACCAAACUGUUUUAAAAUAACAUCAAAAAAGAUGAAAUUUCCUAAGACAGGAGUAGAAGCCAAAGAAAAGAAAACAAAGAAAAGAAAAGAGAGAUCUACAUUAGAUGAAGAUAUGAAUUUUGGAGAAAAAACUUUAAAAAGUCAAGUAAUGAAGAUCAGAGAGACAAAAGUUAACAGAAAAAGAUCUAAAACAUCAACAGAUACUCAAUUUAAGGAAAUUGGAAGUAGUUUAGAAGAUAAAGACUCAUUUGAUAGUGGCAUAGAUAGUUCAGUUACGAAUCAAACAAAUAAUUUUUUCACAGAUGCAAAAUCAUUUAAUGGCAUAAGACCGUGUUUUGAGACAUCUACUCCUUGCCGUACCAAAACACCAUAUGCUAAGCAAACAAACAACAAAAGACACUGGAAGAGAAAAACUAGGAAAACAAAAAAGUGUGAGGGGUCAUCUUUAAACGUCUUUGAUGAAAACGCAAACAGGCAUUCGUUAGAAGUUAUACGUGAUGUCAGCAGCGAGACCUCGUUGCUAAACUUGUCUUUACCUACACCAAGGCCUCCUAGGGUAGACUUGAAUCCUUUCAGUUUGUCCUAUGAUGGCCAGAAUAUGGAUGAUGAAUGCUCCAGUGAUGAAGAUCUACCUGUUGGCCUUACUCCGCUCAAAAUAGAGAAGACUUUUAAUGAGAAUGACAUUGUUUGGGUCAAAUGGAAAAAAUGGCCUCAUUUACCAGCACUGGUGAAAAAAGUAUACAAGAAAAAGAGAAGAAUUACAUGUGCUGUAUUUGGUCCAAAUGGAUUUGAAGAGGACUUUACAAUGGGAUAUGGUAACCCAGGGGCAGUCAUACCAUACUGUGAUCCUAAGAAAGAUCAGAUUCUGGAAGAGGCAGAGAAGCUGUGUAAAGAUGACAAGGUAUUCUUCAAAGGUAGCUGCACACAUGCUGAGAACUUCCUCACAAAGGAAGCCUUAAAAGGCCUCGAAAGUACAGGAGUGUUUAAAGAAAAUGUUCAUCACGAAGAUAAUGAGGUUGAAAAUGGCCAUGGUAAUGAAGAGCAACUAACUCAGUGUAGGAAAAAGAGGAAAUUGUCAGAAAAGCACACAGAUUCUGAUUGUACAAUCACCAAGGUGGAGGGAAAAAAUGAUGGGCUUUCUAAACAAGGGCAGCAACGUAUCGAAAGAAUGUCCAAAAAGACCAAACCGCUCACAGAUUUCCUAGUUUCUGACACUACAAAGGAAUACUUACAAAGCAUUUACAAUGGCAACAUCCAUAGUGAUCUCCAUGACAGAUUUUUAUCUGGAACAGUUCGAGAAAGAGCUAAAAUGAAGCAUCGAGGGUUUGGCCCUAUUGACGAUGAUGAUCAGAUUGAGCUAUUGCUGAACACAUACCUGAACUUGUUGAAGGAGAUCAACAAGAAAAACAUUGAUGAGAUAAACUAUGUGUUUGAUGUCUGGGUACCUGAAGGUGUUGUGUUUGCCUUAAAGAAAAUGAAAGGAUAUAGCUGGAAACGAGCUUGGGAACAAUUUAAUAAAGGAGUACGAAGAACAAAAGAGGAGCUGAGGAUGAUUCAUAAAGAUAUGAUUGAUAUUGAAACAUCCAGAAAGCAAAUAUCUGAUAAGCCUACAGAUUUCAUCCUUUAGCCAUACCAUAGAUCCUUCGUGCCUUCAACAUUGAUGAAAACUGAACUCUAACCAAGAGCGCUAACCAAUCUUUCACAAAGGAGUGCAAGGUUAACUCGGUCAUGAUUUAGACCAGUUCAAUUUUUGCUGACUGUGAUAAAACCAAAUGUUGUGUCAAAUUUAGAAAUUCUUAAUCAGUUGUCAGUAUUAAUUCCAAAUUUGAUAAAUUGAUAUGGUAUUACAGUUGGCAGCAGUAAUUGUGUACAUGAGUGUUGAGUUUGUGUUUGAAGCAGCAAGUCAAUAUUACACUUUAAAAGACUGCCUGCUUAGCUCAAAAGGGAGCACGCAAAUCUACAGAUCACGGGUCAUGAGUUUGAUCCAGGUGUAAGGCGUAUGUUCUCCAUGACAAGUUGAUGAAAGACAAUAUUUCUGAAAUCAUUUGUCCUCCACCUGAUUCAUGUAGGGAGUUUGGCAGUUACUUGUGAAGAACAGGUUAGCACUGGUAAAGAAUCCAGGAACACUGAUUAGUUUAAGUGCAUGCACUUAUAUAACUGAAAUUCCGCGCAGUCUGGUCAGGAUCCAUACUGUUCGCUAACAGUUUCUCUAAUUCCAAUAGGCUUUGAAAGCGAACAGCAUGGAUCCUGACCAGACUGCGCGGAUGCGCAGGCUGGUCUGGAUCCAUGCUGGUCACAAAGCCACUAUGUUGGUUUUCUCAUGGCACGGCUCAUGUAUAGUAUACAUUGUUAGAUAUUUAUCUGAAACUGAGUAUGCUUGACUUCUUGACUUUUUGAAAUCUUCAACAAUACUGGUGAUGAAGAACUUGUCCUGUAUAAACAGAGGUAUUAUAGUGAUCUUUCUAGACAAUUCUAAAUGUGGGACUAAUUGUUGAUAAUGAAUUUGCACAGAUUAUGCCACCAUAUCCAAUUAUUUAUUUUGGCUGUGACAUCUCUAGGUUCAGCUGAUGUUUUAUAUUUCCGAGGGAACCAUGUACAGUUCAGUUUUCCCUUGACAAUGUGUACAUAUUAGUGUAUUAUGGAAUUACAAAUUAUUAUUAAAAUAUUGUAAAAGUAUUGUAACUGCAAACAUUUUCCAGUGUCGUUACUUUUGUAUUGUUGUUUAAACAUUGCCCCUGCAAAGUUUUAAGUGUAUAAUAUGAAUAUAUUGUUCUAUUUUUCAAUUUCAAGAUGUGUAUAUAGAAAUUCUCUGUACAUGGCUAUAAACGUAUUCUGAAUACUGUCUUCGAAAUUUAAUUUAAUUACAAAAUUUGAUUAUUUGCUUGCUACUAAUAAAUCCUUCUAACAAUGACUUUAUUCAAGAGCAAAGCACUGUUUGAGAUACAUUAUUUUGAUUCUAACAUGAUAUUAUUAUGUACAGCAUAGAGACAUCCACCAAAUAUUUGCCAGUUUUGUGUGUUUUUUCCCAGUGUGCCGCUAUGACGUUAUAUGCUACUGUGAAAUCAUUAAUAUUCGUGGGGACUAAUUUUCGUGGAUUUCGUGGUUGAGUCAAUCCACAAAAUUUAAUCCCAACGAAAAAGUAAAAUUUCCAUUCAUUUUAUAUUCAAAGUUUGAAAUCCACGAAUUCAUAUCCCCACGAAAUUGCCGUUUUGACCAAAACCACGAAAUUUGAUGCCCACGAAAUUAAAUGAUUUUACUGUAUGUCAUUAUAACAGUGAAUUGUUGCACAAUAACACACAAUGUUCUGCCUUCUUUGUUUAAUAGGAAAACAAAUCAGGUUUGGUUUGAAGGUCUCUUAGUAUCCUGUGUCAUUCACGCUGCCGCCCUGACACACUCGUGCAUACAUGGGUAACUUUUAAGAAAGCUCUGGCUCUAUUUCAAAAUAAUUUACAAAUAUUUUAUAUGUUUGACAAACCAAAACUGUUCAAGCAAGCUGUCAAACUCAGUUGAGUGGUCUAGGUCCAUCGUGGCCCUCUUGUUUGUUAGAUUCAUUAUUCUUGAAUACUGUAAGAGCCUGCAUUUGCAUUUUGUCUGAAGCAUUGCCAUAUUUAACUUAAAAGUUCGUAUUUCUUGGUUAAAUCUUUUGUUCAGAUCCACUGUACUAUUGGAGCUAUUGCCUUGAAACUUUAUACAUUUCUUUAGCAGUAGUUGAUGUUGAAGAAGGCCGAGAAUUAUUACUCCUUCGUUGCAUAUUGCAUAGUCAGUACAAAGGGGCAUUGUCAGUUUGCUGUUCUGUUGUUUGCUCAUAACUUCAUAGCCAUUUUUAGCCCACCAUCAUCAGAUGGUGGGCUAUUAAAAUCACUCUGCGUUUGGGUCCGUCCAUCCGUCAUUCCAUCCGUCCGUCCGUCCGUCCGUUAACAGUUUCUCGUUAUCGCAUCUCCUCAGAAACUACUCGGGGGAUUUUGACCAAACUUUGUCAGAAUGAUGUAUUGAUACCCUAGUUGUGUCUCCCUGAAAAUCAGACUGGUUCAACAAUUUAUGAGUGAGUUAUGGCCCUUUGUUUAUUUCUAUAAUUUAUAUAGAUUUAUAUAGGGAAAAACUUUGAAAACCUUCUUGUUCAAAACCACAGAGCCUAGGGCUUUGAUAUUUGGUAUGAAGCAUCAUAUACUGGUCCUCUACCAAGAUGAUUCAAAUUAUUACUCUGGGGUCAAAUAUGGCCCCGCCCUGGGGGUCACAUGGUUUAUAUAGACUUAUAUAGGGAAAAACUUUGAAUAACCUCUUGUCCAAAACCACAGGGCCUAGGGCUUUGAUAUUUUGUAAGUGACAUCAUCUAGUGGUCUUCAACUAAGAUUGUUUAAAUUAUAGCCCUAGGGUCAAAUAUGGCCCCGCCCUGGGGGUCAUAUGGUUUACAUAGACUUAUAUAGGGAAAAACUUUGAAAAUCUUCUUGUCCAAACCACAAAGCCUAAGGCUUUGAUACUUGUAAUGUAGCAUCAUCUAGUGGUUCUCUACCAAGUUUGUUCAAAUUAUCCUCCUAGGGUUGAAUAUGGCCCCGCCCCGGGGGUCACAUGGUUCAUAUAGACUUAUAUAGGGAAAAGCUUUUAAAAUGUUCUUGUCAGUAACUACAACAUUUAAACUUGGACCACAUGUAUAUUUUUGAGUGGCAAGAUGAACCUUGACAUGAGUUGACCUUGAUUUUGACCUAGUGACCUACUUUCACAUUUCUGUAGCUACAGGCUUCAAAUUUGGACCACAUGCAUAAUUUUGUGCACUGGAAAAAACUUUGACCUUUAUUUUGACCUAGUGACCUACUUUCACAUUUUUGAAGGUACAGGCAUCGAAUUUGGACCAUAUGCAUAGUUUCGUGUUUCAAAAUGAAAUUUGACAUUGAUUUUGACCUAGUGACCUACUUUCACAUUUCUCAAGCUACAGCCUUCAAAUUUGGACUACAUGCAUAGUUUUGUGUACCGAAAAAAUCUUUGACCUUGACAUUGACCGAGUGACCUACUUUCACAUUUUUGAAGGUACAGGCUUCAAAUUUGGACCACAUGCAUAGUUUUGUAUUCUGAAAUAAAAUUUGACCUUGACUUUGACCUAGUGACCUACUUUUACAUUUCUCAAGCUACAGCCUUCAAAUUUGGACCACUUGCAUAGUUUUGUGUACUGAAAUGACCUUUGACCUUUACAUUGACCCAGUGACCGACUUUCACAUUUCUAAGGUACAGGCUUCAAAUUUGGACCACAUGCAUAGUUUUGUAUUCCGAAAUAAAAUUUGACCUUGAUUUUGACCUAGUGACCUACUUUUACAUUUCUCAAGCUACAGCCUUCAAAUUUGGACCAUAUGCAUAGUUUUGUGCACUGGAAAAAACUUUUGACUUUUACAUUGACCUAGUGACCUACUUUCACAUUUUUGAAGGUACAGGCUUCAAAUUUGGACCACAUGCAUAGUUUUGUAUUCCGAAGUAAAAUUUGACCUUGAUUUUGACCUAAUGACCUACUUUUACAUUUCUCAAGCUACAGCCUUCAAAUUUGGACCACUUGCAUAGUUUUGUGUACUGAAAUGAACUUUUACCUUAAGAUUGACCUAGUGACCUACUUUCACAUUUCUGUAGCUACAGGCUUCAAAUUUAGGACCACAUGCAUAGUUUUGUGUACCGAAACAAACUUUGACCUUGACAUUGACCUAGUGACCUACUUUCACAUUUUUGAAGGUACAGGAUUCAAGUUUGGACCACAUGCAUAGAUUUGUGUUGUGUAUGGAAAUGAAAUUUGACCUUGAGCUAGUCAAUAAGUCUUGAAAUUUGGAACACUCAAAAAUGGCACAUUGGUGGGCGCCAAGAUCACUCUGUGAUCUCUUGUAACAUAUUACUCAAGAUUAUUCAUGGACAUAUUUUUAUGUAUUUAUUUUAUUGCCUGAAAAAUGGUAAUGUAAACUUAACCACAUUCUUAACAGUCAUUCUAACACAAUUAUGUAAAUGGUGUUUAUAGAAAUAAUAAUUGUACAGUAAAUUCUGAUAUUAUGUACUAUAAUGACAUUGAUGUACUUAACUAUUACCCUAAGUGCUUUAUAUCAAUUGUAACUUGCCAUUUUUGACCAAAUCUGGCAAAUGUGAUCGAUCAUGCUGCCUUUUACAAUGAUUAUUUAAGCAGCAGAGGUGUGUAUAAAGUCUGCUACCAGAGACCUCCUAUCAAGUGUUUAUGUUUCAUGAUUGUAUACUUUAAAUGUUUUAAGCACUUUCUGUUUUAUGCAUGAAGUUGUUAAAAAAUACCAGUUCGGAAAUGUAUUUUGUUAUUUCAUUUGUAUUUGGGAAACAGUCAGCUGUUACUUUCCUGUAUCAUUGAAGGUAUUUACAACUGUUGUCCAUGUUGCCAUGUGGGAAAUACUUUUUACAGCUUCCCAAAAUCCAGUAAAAUAUCAGUAUAAUCAGUUUUAGCUCGUCUGAACCAAAGGUUCCGGAUGAGCUAUUUAAUUAGUGUAGAUGGAUUGUCCAGCAUCCAUCCUCCACAAUUUACAUCAACAUAUUUUCCUCUAAAACUAUUUGUCGGAUUUAUCCCAAACAUGGUUUUCAACAUCCAGGAAAAACCCCUUUCUCAAGUUUUCAAUUGGUUCUGCUUGACUUUUUUUUUUCAGGGGCCACUAGAGCUAAAAAUAGAAGGAAAAAAACCCAUUAAACUAAUGAACAGCUUGGUGGAUUUUCAUUAACUAAAUCUGCAGUACUGUAUCAUUAUAAGGUCCUCUCUCAAAUUUGUUCAAAUUGAGUUGCUUUGCCCCUUUUUAUAUGCCCGAAGGGACGUAUUAUGUUAUAGCCCCCGUGUCCGUUCGUCAGCAAUUUCGUGUCCGCCCUGUAACUCUUGAACACCUUGAAGGAUUUCAAAGAAACUUGACACAAAUGUUCACCACACCGAGACGACAUGCAGAGGUCUCGCUUCAAGGUCAAGGUCACAAUUAGGAGUCAAAGGUCUUAUCAGUUUGUUUCGUGUCCGCUCUGUUACUCUUGAACUGCAUGAAAGAUUUCAAAGAAACUUGGCACAAAUGUUCACCACACUGAGACAAGUGCAGAGCGCAUGUUUAGGAUGACUCGCUUCAGGGUCAAGGUCACACUUAGGGAUCAAAGGUCAUAUAUUACUUUGCUUUGUGUAUAUUGCUCUGCAUUGCAAUGCUCUUGUUUUUAUUUGGCAGAUCCCUUUUUUAUAUGCCCGUUUGAAAAACGGGACGUAUUAUGGGAA